AUGCAAAACGGCAACUGUUCAACUGGAGCUGAGGCUGGCAUUCACUGGUUGACAAGACCUUUUGGGAAGCAAGUGUGGCAUUAUCUUUUCAAGAAUUCUUUCCUUGCUGGUCAUCAAUUUAUCCAGCGGCCGAAAUCUGCUAUGGUUGUAGUUGUCUUUUCGGAGGAAAACAAUGGCCUUGCACCCUUCAGUCGGCGUUUGGCAUUUCACGGUAUGUCGACAGGAGGUGACGUUGUAUCAUCUACUGAGGGUUUAGCCGCUUCACACAUCCACUAUGCCCAUGUGCAGAUACACCUCCAGUGUAAAACGAAAUUUCCACCACAAUCUAUGCUGGGAUUCUGA